UAUACCCAGCCGCCCUCAGCCAUUGUCAAGCUGGUGAAGCAUUGCCUACAUGGACGCAGCUGAACACGAUCUCGAUGCAAAGCUCUACAAGGCUUCAGGGACCCUCCUUUCCGAACUGCAGGAGAAACUCCCUUUGCUGUUGUUCGAACGCGGCACAUUUCCCCCAAGACGCCGUGUCCGAGUUCUCGAAUCGAAAUGCGAGGAACUGAGUCGACUGCUUGACCGCUUUCAAGAAUGGCCCCAAUUGCUUGACCCAUAUCUUUCCACGCUGAUCCAACUCCUAACCGAUGCCUUUGUGGGAUACCUCGCAGAAUCCAGCAAUCAAUAUGGCCCAACGCAGCGACACGGGGCAGCUAGCGUCUAUCCCUUGUCCCGAGCGAUAUGCAGACUUCUUUACUCGUUUUGUAAAGUCAGGGGCUACAAAGUCAUUGUUCGUUUGCUCAAUAAUGAGCCAAAAUACUUGGCUCCCAUGUUGUCUGCUUUCAGAGCUUGGAAUACACCGUCCAAAGGCAUGACCUGGGAAGAGCGCUACGUGAUGCUUCUCUGGCUGUCUCAUCUGAUGCUUGCGCCCUUCGAGCUGGCCACUAUGUCCAUAAGCGACACAGUCACUGCCCUUCCUGAUGACCUUGGUAACCUUCCUGGCAUCGCCGGCGAUGUCAUUUCUCUUGCCCUCGGACAACUGGAAAGCUCGAGUAAGGAGCGGGAGGCUGCAAGUGUUCUGCUAGUGCGUUUGAGCUUACGGAGAGACAUGCUGGCUCAUGAACUGCCCCUAAAGCUCGUGCACUUUGCGACUCAAAAGCUCCUGACUGAUCCGGAUUUGGUCAGUCUCAGUCCCUACAAAGCUUUGGGUUUGCUGUCUCUUCUUUACGGCGUCACAAACUCUGGUUCGGAUAGCGAGGUUGCAUCUUACAUUGAGAACCUCUUCAAUUCUAUAUUGAAGAUCGCCACGACCGAGAGCAGUGAGAGCAGCCACUUUGCAGCCAUCCGAGAUCCUGCCCCUGCGCGGAAAUGGAUUCUGAAGAUUUUGCGGGCUAUUCUGCUGCAUGCAAUCUCCUUGAGCUCGACCUAUCCUUCUCUGCAACCUAAGAGCCUGAACAACAUGCUCGAGGAGAGCAUACAAUACUUCCUCGAUGCCCUUAGCGACAAGGAUACGCCAGUCAGAAUGGCAGCUGCCAAGGCACUGAGUGUAGUGACCCUUAACCUUGAUUCUAACAUGUCCGCAGACGUCGUUGAAGCCAUCUUGGGUUGUCUCGAAGAAAACGUCCUGUUGGAAGAUCCCCGCAGCCAUAAGCUCAUGGCAAUAACCGACAGGACCGUCACCGAUCGUGACAGGAUGAAGAGAGUCAUAACCGCGGUCGACCCAUUAAAAUGGCAUGGCUUGAUGCUAACACUGGCUCACUUGCUGUUCCGCCGCUCUCCUCCACCCAAAAUGCUCUCAGAAAUCAUCCGGUCCUUGCUCCUGGGUUUGGAUUUUGAGCAGAGGUCCAACGUCGGGACUUCGAUUGGUGUCGGUGUCCGGGAUGCCGCUUGCUUUGGUCUCUGGGCUCUGGCCCGAAAAUACAGCACUUCAGAUUUGGAUCUCGUACCAUUUUUGGACUAUGCUGAGCCAAGCGUCACAGAGUGCCAGAGUGUCCUACAAUUGAUCGCCGUCAAAUUGACCGUCUCUGCUUGUCUCGACCCUUCGGGGAACAUUCGCCGAGGAUCAUCAGCGGCACUACAAGAGCUAAUCGGUCGGCACCCCGAUACAAUCAUCAAUGGAAUCUCGGUGGUCCAAGUUGUUGACUACCAUGCUGUUGCGCGGCUCUCCCGAGCCAUGACUGAAGUCGCCCCACAGGCCGCUGCCCUUGGAAGCGUCUACCACAGAGCCCUAUUGGAGGCCCUGAGACAAUGGCGAGGUGUUUGCGCUGCCGAUGUCAAUCAGCGCCGCUGGGCUGCUGCGACCAUUCACAUCCUCACAAAGUCCCUUCCCGUCUCCGAAAUUUCUUCCUUUGCUGACGUUGUCCUUCGCCAACUCUUAGAUCUUAAGCCAGUCAACAUGGGCAGCACUGCUGCAGCAAGGCACGGAUUGCUCCUCGGGCUUGCCUCUGCACUUAGCUCACUUACGGAGCUUGAGCCUGAGACAGCAUUGUGUUGGCUUGAGGAAGAUGGGAACAAGGCUCUUGAGUUGAAGCUGUUAACCGGCAAGAUCGAAGGCCGCAUAACUUCGGAUAUCGAACUUGUGAUGGAAGGAAUAGCUACGCUCAUCUCUAGGAUCAGCAAAUGCUGCGCAACAGCCAAGCCAGCGCCAUCGCCUGUGUUGCAAUCAUGGAUUUCCGCGGCAGCCGGAGUUCUCAAUCAUUGCACCACGGCGGGGACGAGGGAAAUUGCUGUUCAAACGAGCGCCGAUGCAUUUGUGGAGCUGUUCAAGGUCCUUCCACUUUCUGCAGAUGCCACGAUGAUUGAAGGGUGGCUCGAGGGCAAACGAGAAACAUCUGCCGCCUCUACAAGCAAAGGACGCCUUAAAACGCUCAGUUUGAUCCAUGGAUAUUUGGCGCAGAUCGGGUUUAAUCAUGGCAUUCGCCGGAAAAUCGUCUCGUACAUGAUGGAUGUUGUCCAGGGACCAUACAAAAUCGAGACCAGAGUUGAUGCCAUGGAGGCUCUGGGCGUCAUAUUAGCCAGUGCAAUACCAGAGACUGACGAAGAUAUGACAAGCCGACUAUACAGUGCGUUCCAAUGUGGUUUAAAGGACUACACUAAUGACCAGCGAGGGGACAUCGGCUCAACCCUCCGACUGCAGACACUCGAGACUGUCGACAUGUACCGGAGUCAAUUCGACUCUCGAGAACAAGCUGGCGCAAUCUCGAAAGACGUGAUGCCACUUGUUGUCAAAUUGGCAGCAGAGAAGCUAGCCAACGUGCGUUUCCGCGCAUGGAAGUGUCUCGAGAGCCACUGGAAGACGGACUCUUGCUUGCCGGUCCCGCAGAAUACUUUCCAUUAUCCCACCGACGUGUCGUCAGUCACAUACUUCCGGCAACUGAUGGAACUAAUAUGCAUACCCUGGGCACAGAGAGAUCUCAUUCUUGGAUUAGUCUCGUCGGCAACCUCCGGCGCAGAAGAUCUCUGUCGUGCUGCAAGUAAUGCGUUCGUCCUGCACAUGCAGUCUCUUGACGCCGAGACGCAGGCAACCCUUGCUGGGGCGGUCUCGACCAUUGUUGUUGAAGGGCUUGCGCUCAAGGCUCAAGAAGAUGACCGCCAGGUUCUCCCAUUGCUUGACUUUCUGUGUUUCAUCAUUGAUCAAAAUCUAUACGUUGUCGACUCCAGCGACUGUUCAGACAACAUUGGUUUUGACUUGUGGACUGUGAUGCAAAAAGUCCACAGCCCCAUGUCAAGCCUCCAGAGAAUUGAAGCUUCGCUGAAUGUCUACUCGAGGAUGUUGGCUUUAGAUGCCUAUCGUGCUAGGGCGCUGGAUAAAUUGACCCGACAGCUACUCCAUCGCUGGCCAAAGAUUCGCAAUAUUGCGGCCGAUUUUCUCUAUGUCGACUACCCCAGUAAGAAACUGGCCUCUUGCGAUUGGAACGAACCAGUGGCCAGAAUAAAGCCCGUCGUUCUCGAAAUCCGAAAGCAGGUUGGUGCAGCUGGGGCGGGCGCCACCAAGUCAGAAGCCUGAAGGUGUCGGAAUGGAUGUGCUGGUAAAUUGCCAUAGCAACUAGCUAUCCAAUCCACGCGUCUUCAUGCAUCGGGCAACAGCGUCUUUGACUGCCUUUUCAUUGUACUGCUCCCAAAUAUCGUACAGACUGAUCAGUUCUUGGGUGCCUUCAAUCAUUU